AUGAAAAUCAUUCAGCUCCAAAAUCUCGAAAUUUGCCACGUCAUAGCUCAUCUUGAGUUCUGCAAUUUCAAGGACAAAAGAUGUUUAAUAUAUAAAGGAACCGAUGGACUUAACGCUGGUGAUCAAACUCCAAAAGGGCCACGGCAUUCGCCCCAAGGAGUCGCCAGUUGCCGACGGAAUGCCACUGGAAACUGUACAGCCACAGUCAAGCCAAAAUCGUCUAUUCGGAUUGGAUGUCACAAUGUUCGGUCCCUGAUGGAUGGCUCAAGGCGAGACGCCGAAAACAUCGUGGCGAACUUAUCUGGAUGUAGUGUUGUUGCACUACAAGAAACCCGCGUCCCGACCAAUCAAAACAUAAUCACUGCCGAAGGAAAUGAGUAUAUUUUCUGCGGAAUGACACAGAAACGAGUCGGAGGUGUCGGAUAUUGGAUUGAAAAAGGGGCUCGAAAAAUGGUUUCGGAAGUUAUUGAAUAUGGUGACAGACUGGCAGUGUUGAAAUUGAGAUACGGAUCCACCAAAAUUGCGAUUAUCAACGCAUAUGCGCCCACAUCCAAAGCAUCAGAAAAAGAAACCGACAAAUUCUACAGUCAUCUCCAAAAAGUGUAUAGAGAAACACCUGAAUCCUGGACCAAAAUAGUUUGUGGCGAUUUUAAUGCUUCAAUUGGUAAAACAUCCAGAGAUGAACAUCCAACUGUUGGUAGAUUUGGAAUCAAAAAUGUAGGAAGAAAUGAAAACGGUGAUGCUUUGAUAAAUUUCGCCAACAGUCAAAAGUUAUCCAUUUUGAAUACUUUAUUCAAAAAGAAGAGAAAAGAUUAUUGGACUUGGAGAAAUGAACGUAUGAAUGCUGCCACGAUGAUCGAUUAUUUCAUGAUCAAAUGGUCGAAAAGAUACUUGGUGGAAAACAUCGAUGUAUUCAACUCCAAGUCAAACUUAUCAGAUCACAGGAUGAUUCGAUUAAAACUUUUGAUAUCAAACGCAAAUAUCCAAAGGAAGCUGAAAAGACCAACCGAGCCAAGAAGAUCCAACCAAAAACUGGACAAAAUCAAAUAUGCUACGGAAAUUGAGCACUGUGAUAACCUUGAUUCGUGUGAUUAUAAUCAGUUGGUAGAGAUGAUGAAAGAAUGCGCUCUAAAGGCGUCGAACCCAGUCAAAAAGGAUGGAAAAAUCAGUGCUGAAACCAUCGAUUUGCUGAAGAAACGAAAACUGCUGAUCCACUCAAAAUCAAGCACUGCCGAUGAAAGAAGAGAAAUCUCAAAAGCGGCGCGAGAUUCAUUGAAAAAAGAUGUUGAUCAAUGGAAAUGCCAAAUGAUCCAACGUGCGGUCGAGAAAAGGAAAAGUAUCAAAAAGAUCUAUCGUAGAAUGGAAGAUCGAAAAGAACUAUUUGGAAAGUUGAAGCUGGCGGAUGGUACUACAACAGCAAAUCGGUCAAAAAUCAAGCUCGAAAUCAAAAAUCACUUCAUUCAUCAGUUCAAAAAUCAUGGCCAAAGAACCCAAAAGAUCAAUGAAAAACCAAGAAAUCCAUUUCCAAUUUUAAUUGAUGAAGUGAGUUCAGCAACAAGAACAUUGAAAUCUGAGUCGGCUAUGGGAUUGGAUAGAGUCUGUAGUGAUAUGCUGAAACAUGGUGGUGAAAAACUGCAGCAGAAUCUUGCGAGAUGCUUCAACAAAUUGAUUGAAGACGGAAAAUAUCCACCAGAAUGGAACGAGAUUCGCAUAAAAUUGUUGGAGAAAAAGCCAAAUCCGGAAACCUUGAAAGAUGUCCGCCCAAUCUCCAUACUAUCAAUCCCUGGAAAAGUAUUCACAAAAAUAAUGACAAAACGAAUGGCAAGAAAAGCUGAGAGCUAUCUGGAUGAGACCCAAAAUGGAUUUAGAUGUGGAAGAUCUUGCUCGGAAAAUCUACAAUCCAUCACGUGCCUAUGGGAAAAAUGCCACGAAUAUGACAUGCCGUUGAUUCUCACUUUUAUUGAUUAUCGUGCAGCGUUUGAUUCAAUUUACUGGAGUGCGGUACAGGAAGGUGUGUUGGAAUCUGGGUUCGAUCCACAAUAUAUGGAAGCCAUAAAAAGCUGUAACGAAUUUGGCACCGGAGAGAUCGAGAUUUUUGGAGAGAAAUUAAAAAUACCUGUGGAAAGAGGAGUAAGACAAGGAGAUUCUUCGUCACCUGCGCUCUUCGCAAUUGCCUUACACAAACUCCUGAACGAAGCUGAUCCACUACCUGAAGAUGAUGAAGAGGAGAAUUUUGGAAUUCGAGUCGAUGGCAAUUAUAUUUCAAGAUUAUUAUUUGCUGAUGAUCUCGUUCUAAUCGACAAAAAUCCGAAAGACGCCUCGAAUCGUGCCUCAAAAAUUGCCAAAAUCUGCGAAAAAGCUGGGUUGAUCUUCAACACUGCCAAAUCAAAGGUAUUGAGAAAUCAAUGCGCUAACAAUGCAAGUGUUCGUGUAAAUGGCCAGCCACUUGAAGAUGUUGAUCAAAUAAAAUACCUGGGAAGAAUCUUCAGGAAAGAUGGCGCUUUGGACUCGGAAAUAAAUAACCGAAUAAGAGCGGGCUGGGCGGCAUAUCACAGCAUUGCAUCUGCAAUCAACGAAAUUUCAAACAAAGAGAAAAACCACUUCUUGAAAUCCAGCGUGUUGAGUGCAAUGACAUAUGGUUCAGAAACUUGGAACACGAAAGUUGAAGAUAUCAAACGAAUCCAAAGAACAAUCAACUAUAUAUGGAUUCAAGCAAACGCGGGAACUCCACCAAAUUUGGAAAAGUUUAUAAUGAAGAUAAAAAUGCGCUGGGCUGGACACAUUGUGCGCUUGCCAACUCAAAGAAUAUGCAGAAUUAUAACUUUAUGGGAACCUCCGAAUGGCGUGAAAAGAAGAAAAGGAAGACCGAAAAAGAGAUGGGUCGAUGACGUGCAAAAUGAAGUCAAAGUGCAUCAACACAACAUCAACUUGCAAGGCCUCGGGGGAGGCGGAAGAAGAAGGAUCGGGCUAAUAUCCAGUAAAAUGCCCUGGUCACGAUUGGCUAGAAACCGAAGUUCCUGGAAACAUCUGGUCCACAGCUACUCGCUCGAAUAA